CUGAUAUUUUCCAAAUUGGAAUAAUUUUUUUAUCUCUACUUAUAAUUUGUGUAAUCGGUUUAAAUACCACUGCAAAUUUUUCGUCACUAUGGAAAACAGCACUCGAUGGUGGAAGACUCGAUAUUUUGAAUUUUGACUUAGAUCCCACGCUUCGUGACAGUUUUUGGACAUACAUAGUUGGUUCUACGUUUCAAUGGAUGAUUUAUGUGAAUAUUUCGCAAUCUGGAGUUCAAAAAUAUCUAGCAUUACCGACAUUUCGUGAAUGGAUUUGGGCAAUGGUUUUUUAUGUGAUAACAAUGGAUAUAGUGUAUAUAUUUUGCAUUUUAUUGGGUCUUUUAUUCUACGCACAUUAUGCAAAUUGCGAUCCUAUUAUUACUGAGAAAAUACAACGACAUGAGCAGUUAUUACCGUAUUACACUAUGGAAAUUGCUGGCCAUAUUCCUGGGGUAAUUGGGUUUACUUUGGUUGGAUUAUUCUGUGCUACUAUGAGUACUACAUCUUCAAGUCUGAAUGCAAUAUCUGGUGUCGUUUACAAAGAUUUUCUUUCGCAAUAUUGGAAAGGCAAUAUUAAAGAGAAAACGUCUGGCAGAAUUUUGAGAUUAAUUGUUGUCAUAAGUGGUAUUUUCAGUAUGUUUUUAAUACUUGUGUUGCAAUAUUUGGGAGAUAUUCUCCCUCUUGCAGUCAGUGCAAAAUCCAUGGCAUACGGACCAACGUUGGGUGUAUUUUGUUUAGGACUUCUCUUCCCAAAAGCUAACGCUAAGGGUGCAUUUUACGGUGCUGUUUCGUCAUUUAUCUUUCAAACUUUCGUGUUUGUUGUUUCAAAAGUGUAUCGAUACAAAAAAAUCAUUGUUGAUGUUCCUAAAACGUUUUCUUUUUAUUCAACCCAACAACGUUACUUCACAUUCAGAAUUUAAACCAUUUUUUAUCUUUAGGUUGUCGCAUUUUUACAACUGCAUAUCAGGACUCAUUGUUACUCUAACAGUGGGA